AUGUGUCUAAAAACAUUCGUACUCUUCGUCACACUUUAUUCUUUGACGUACUCUGCCCGAGCAGAUAGUCAAGACUGGUGGAAACACGCCACUUUCUACCAGAUUUAUCCGCGCUCCUUUGAAGAUAGCGAUAAUGACGGAAUCGGGGACCUUCAAGGUAUAAUUAACAAAAUUGACCAUUUUCCAGCAUCCGGUGUAGAUGCGGUGUGGUUGUCACCUAUUUUCGAGUCACCACAGGUGGAUCAAGGGUACGACAUUAGCAACUACACGAAAGUAGAUCCAGCUUACGGAACCAACGAAAUUUUGAACACGUUGAUAGAAGAGGCUCAUUCCAGAGGUGUUAAAGUUGUUUUAGACUUUGUUCCGAACCAUACGAGUGAUAAGCAUCAGUGGUUUAUUGAUUCAGUUAACGGUGUGGAGGAGUAUAGGGAUUAUUAUGUUUGGGCAAACGCGAAGGUGGAUGAAGAUGGUAACAGAGUACCGCCAAACAACUGGAUUAGCGUAUUUAAAAAUUCCGCUUGGACGUGGAGCGACGAACGUCAACAGUACUACCUACACGAGUUUGCUUCAGCUCAGCCUGAUUUGAACUACAGAAACCCGGUGGUUGUGGAAGCCAUGAAGAAUAUUCUGCGAUUUUGGCUUGACAAGGGUGUUGACGGUUUUCGUAUAGACGCAGUACCGUACCUUUUCGAAAACGAAGAUCUCCUAGACGAACCUCUUUCAAACCUCCCGGGUUACAACAGCACCGACUACGAGUACCUCGAUCACAUUUACACCCAGAACUUACCAGAAACUUUGGACAUGAUCUAUCAAUGGCGACAAGUCGUCGAUGACUUUGUUACAGAAAACGGAGGAGACGCACGAGUACUAAUGACGGAAGCCUACGCCGACAUCAACACCACCAUGCUAUACUUCGGUACUGCAGAUGGUACCAGACUAGGAGCUCACUUCAGCUUCAAUUUCAACCUAAUCACCGACCUCAACAUCAACUCUACAGCUCAAGACGUUGUAGAUUCCGUGAACAAGUGGUUAGAAGCCAUCCCAGAUAUCUACACGUCGAACUGGGUUCUAGGCAACCACGACAACCACAGAGUGGCAACCAGACUAGGUCCAGACAACGUCGACGGUUUCAACAUGCUAAAAUCGCUGCUUCCGGGAGUCGCCGUCACUUACAACGGCGAAGAAAUCGGUCAAGAAAACGGGGAAGUUUCCUAUGAAGAGGGCCAAGAUCCUAGUGCUAGAGAUCCUGAUAUUUUCGAUGCGGUUAGUAGAGAUUUUGAACGAACGCCGUACCAGUGGGACGAUAGUGUGAACGCUGGGUUUAAUACUGGUGCUAAACCGUGGCUGCCGGUCAGCGAGAAGUACCACGAGACGAAUUUGAAGAUCGAAAUUGCUACCGCUGGCUCUAGCCAUUAUAAAGUGUACCAAGAUUUGGCGAAGCUUAGAAGUAACGAGGUUUUGCUUAGUGGCGACGUGGCGAUUAAAGCGGUGACCGAGGACGUGGUUUUGCUGAAGAGGAGGUACGAAAAUGAUUCGGUGGUACUGCUUUUUAAUAAAGGAGAAGAGGCGGUGGAUGUUGACGUGAGCGAAGAUGUUUCAGCACGGAAUGGUAUUUUGAUCAAGAGUAUUAACUCUACGAAGGAAUUGGGGGCGCCAGUUUUGCCUGCGAAUGUGACUCUGGCUGCACAUGAAGCGCUAGUAAUAACAGAUAAAUCGGCAUAAAUGAGGAUAAGUUGCGAUUCUAAAGAAAUAAAGUAUUUUCACCGUUAUAGAA